UUACCUAAUGUCUCAAACAGUCGCACCGCCCCCACCCCCCCACCCCCGUUCUUGGCCAUCAAUGUGCAGUUAGUCUGUUCGAGUGGACAGAGAUGGAGAGCAUGACGGCACCGUUUUGCUCAGUGAUAGAGGCCUUCAGUGAUUUUGCGCAAACUGUCACACUUCAGCAUGUAAGUGAAGAAAAUCAAUUUUUUCUGGUCCUACUGGGCCAAAAGAACUACUUUUUCAUAUUGUUGCAUGCACUGGAUUCUACGGCUGGGUUUUGAUGCAAAGCAGCAAUUUGGAAACUUGAUGACCUUAUCUUCAGUCUGCUGCAGAAAUGCCUGGAAGCCAGUACGUGAUGACAAACACCAAGCGCCACCAGAGCCUUAACAGCCUGACGGACAGCUCUAGCACGGGCCUAGAAGACGAGGAGGCCGGAGCCCCGCCGCGCCUCACCCCCCUGCAGAUGCUCACCGACAACAUGUGCAAGGACGACACGACCAUCAAGGACCAGAUGACUGGCCGCAGGGUGGGCUUCUACCAGGUCCGCGGGGAGAUCGGCUAUGGGACCUUCUCCCGAGUCAAACUGGCUUACCACACUCUGACUAAAGACAAGGUGGCGCUGAAGAUCCUGGAUAAGAAGCGGCUGGACAGUCAGUCCCAGCGUCUGCUCUCCAAGGAGAUCAGCAGCAUGGAGUGCUUGCAGCACCCCAACGUGGUGUGUCUGUACGAGGUGGUGGAGACGCCGAGGCGCCUUUACCUGGUGCUGGAGUACGCAGGAGGAGGAGACCUCUGCAACCAGAUAUUCACCAUGGGAAAGCUGUCCGACAACACCAGCAAGGUCACCUUCGCCCAGAUCCUUUCUGCCAUCAAAUAUUUGCACAACAACAACAUCAUUCACCGUGACCUGAAGGCCGAGAACGUUCUGAUUAGCAGCAGCGGCUGCGUGAAGGUGGCCGACUUUGGAUUCAGCACGCGGCUUUCGAACCGCAACGACACCCUCGACACUUUCUGUGGCUCGCCGCCCUACGCCGCCCCAGAGCUCUUCAGGGAUGAGUGCUACCUGGGGCCCCCGGUGGACGUGUGGGCCAUGGGGGUGCUGCUUUUCUUCAUGGUGACCGGAACUAUGCCGUUCCGCGCCGAGACCAUGGGGAAGCUGCGGCGCUGCAUCCUGGAUUGCGCCUACACCGUCCCUCCCUGGGUACCCGGCCCCUGCCAGAGGCUCAUCAAGGGAAUCUUGAAGGUGGUCCCCGCUGAGCGCUACGCCAUCGACCAGAUGCUGGGCUGCGAUUGGCUCCUACCUGUGGAGUUCCCCUGGUCAUUGGUGGCGCCUGAACCGGCGAGCCCUCAGCAGAGCCUGCUGGACUCGGAGCGCGAGGACCUGGAGGAGGAGGUUCGGAGCUCGCUGGAAGAGCUUGGCUUCAGCACGGUGCACGGGUGGAACAAUCUGCCCAAAGAAAGCCGCAGCCCCGUAACCGGCGUUUAUCGGAUCCUGCUACGCCGAGCCCAGAGAAGGAGGGGCUGCGACAGUCCCCCCAUAGUCCGGGGGAUGGUGAGGGACCCCAGGAGGGAGGGGCUCCGGGCCUACAGGGGCCUCAGACACACCUCCAAGUUUUGUGUGCUUUCAUGAAAGAGUGGUAGAGACACUUCAGCACAGUUUUUCUACACACUUUUUUAAAACAAUGACAUAAAUGGCAAUAGAGAUUUUUAAUUUUACUUUUUUUUUUUUUUUUUGUCAGGCCGUUGUAGUUUUUUGCUGAAACUAUUAUUUUUUACACGUUUGUAGCAUUUGAUCAUGUGUUUCACUUCCUUCAUACAGCUUUUCGGGAUACCUAAAGGCCGUUUUAUGGUUGCGGACUUGUGCGCUGGUGGUGCGUCGAGCUGGUGUGUGUGUGUGUGUGUGUGUGGUGUGUUUGUGUGUGUGUGGUGUGUGUGUGUGUGUGUGUGUGUGUGUGUGUGUGGGGAGUGGGUGAAAGAGCGAGGGGAAGUAGAGAGUGAUUAGCUUUGAAGCGAGUAGCGGCUCUAGAGUCAUAGUGACAGAAACAAAGUGUCCUCCCUGUGUUUUCUGACCAAGGUGAGCCAUCUUUAGCAGGAAACGUUAACCCUCUUCUUGAUUUCAUGUUGUUCAUGGAGAAGGAGAACCAGGAAAUGAGUCGGGGGGGUGCAACGCUACCGAGCCACGGCCGAGCCACGUGCGUCGCUGUGACUGGCAGUUACAUUUUUUGAGAGGCGCACGUCAGGUACGCCUUCGAUUUUACGCACAACCAUAAAACGGCCUUUAGGUAUACAGGUAUGUAUUGAAUGUUAAAGUGCCUGAUGAAAUUAAACAAAAAAAAAAAGUUG